GCACGGGCGACGAUCAGUUCUGAAUUUCCGCCAUGCUCCGCGCCUCGACCACGCUCCGCCGCGCUGCGCCGCGCCGCGCCCUCUCGACGACGACGACGACGGUCGCCGUGCCCUCGACGGACGAGCUCAAGGCCAAGCUCAACACCAAGCCCAUGACGCUCGACUUCUCCGAGACGCAGCGCAUCUUCGCCGCCAAGUCCACGCCGCUCCUCGCCCGCGCGUACCUCGUCUUCACGACGUGCCAGAUCCCGUUCCUCGUCAAGAACAGUAUGGGCCUCAUCGACGCGUCGUACAAGGUGCUCGGCGACAAGGUGACCAACUUUGGCCUCAAGUCGACCUUCUUUGGCCACUUUUGCGCCGGCGAAGACGCGGCCACGAUCCAGCCGACGCUGCAGCAGCUCGAGAGCGCCGGCAUCGGCGCGAUCCUCGACUACGCCGCCGAGGCCGACGUCGAAGCCGAGAAGAAGACGCCGUUGAACGGCGUCGACGCCAACGAGCUCCAGGCGCGUACGUACGACUACGCGGACGAAGCCAUGUGCGACGCAAACGCCAAGAUCGUGUCGCAGGCGAUCCGCGACGCGCCCGAGAACGGGUUCGCGGCCGUCAAGUGCACGGCGCUCGGCAAGCCGGAGCUGCUCCAGCGCAUGUCGUCGAUCCUCGAAGAGACGCAGUUCCUCUUCCACUCGCUCGACACGACGAACCUCAGCGACGCCAAGGAAAGCUACUUGAAGCGUCUCAUCGACUGCCCGACGCUCAAGGAAGGCAUCAAGCGCUGGGGCGGCAAGUACACGGAAGAGGAGAUCGAGACGCUCUUCCGCACGCUCGACAAGGAGCAGGACGGCGUCAUCGACUACAUUGACUGGGUCUCGCUCCUCAACCCGAUGGACCUCACGAUGGGCCCGCUCACGCAGUUCCUCAAGGUGGACCCGCUCACGCCCGAGGAGGUCCAGCAGGUGAGCCAGAUGAUGGCCCGCCUCGAGUCGCUCGCCAACGAAGCGUCGGUGAAGAAGGUCAAGCUCAUGAUCGACGCCGAGCAGACGUACAUGCAGCCGGCCAUCGACCACAUUACGCUCAACCUGCAGCGCCGCUACAACACGAACGGCCGCGACACGAUCUUCAACACGUUCCAGUGCUACCUCAAGUCGGCCUCGGACCGCGUGCUCAUCGACCUCGAGCGCGCCAACCGCGAGGGCUUCAAGUUUGCCUGCAAGCUCGUGCGCGGCGCGUAUAUGGUGCAGGAGCGCAAGCGCGCCAAGGACUUGGGCUACGAAGACCCGAUCCAGCCGUCGAUCGAGGCGACGCACGCCAACUACAACGCGCUCGUCGAGCUCCUCCUCGUGCACAACCACCGCACGUCGUUCAUGGUCGCAAGCCACAACGAAGAGAGCGUCAAGAAGACGGUCGCCAACAUGGAAGCGCUCAACAUCCCGCGCGAGAACGGCGGCGUGUACUUUGGCCAGCUCCUCGGCAUGUGCGACCACAUCUCGUACACGCUCGGCGCGGAAAAGUAUCAAGUCUUCAAGUAUGUGCCGUACGGCCCGGUGAAGGAAGUGCUGCCGUACCUCAUUCGCCGCGCGCAGGAGAACUCGACCAUGAUGAAGGGCGGGUCGGCCAAGGAGCUCGACCUCCUCACGAAGGAGCUCAAGCGCCGCGUGACGUCCUUUGCGCAGUAAUAGAUAGACGCGUAGACUAGCUUAGAUUUAAUAGGAAUAACUCGUAAUAUUUGAAACACUAA